AUGGACCGAACUUGGAUUACAACACCUCGCAUAAGCGAAGCGUAUCAACAAGGGGUUGAAGAGUUUUUGUCAUUUUUCCAAAUAAAUUCAGCAACCACAGAUGCCAAGUUUUUCUGCCCUUGUGUUAAAUGUGUGAACGGCAGGCGUCACUCGUUGGAUGACAUUAAAUCGCAUCUGAUAUGUGAUGGCUUUAGCCCCACGUACACAAAGUGGAUAUGGCAUGGUGAGUUGGUUGGUCAUACAGCAACAAGUCGACCUCAUCCGGUUCAGCUAGAAAGCGGAGAUCGAAUGGAAGACAUGAUAUGUGAUCUUGGGCAAGAGGGCUUUCGGGAAUGUCAUGCAGAUAUUUACGAUGCUCUUCAAACAGAUGCGCAGACGCCGUUGUAUGUUGGAUGCAAAAGCUUUACUAGGUUAUCAGCUGUGCUAGCUUUGGUUAACCUAAAGGAUAACACCUUACCGAAGAGUCACUACGAGGCAAAAAAAAUAUUAUAUCCCGUUGGCUUGGAGUACCGAAGAAUCCAUGCAUGUCCGAAUGAUUGCCUUCUGUACAGAAAUGAGUUUGUGGAUAUGCGAUUCUGCCCCACUUGCGGACUUUCAUGGUACAAGGGCAACGACGGGGAAGGUAUUGAAGGUUCAGCCACCGGUAGUAGUCGUCCAGCAAAAGUUUGUUGGUAUUUGCCAAUAAUACCUAGGUUGAAGCGGUUGUUUACGAGUGUACAAGAUUCUAAAUACGUAAGGUGGCAUGUAGAUGAAAGAAGAAUGGAUGGUAUGAUUAGACACCCCGCUGAUUGUACACAAUGGAAGACAUUUAACUCCUUGUAUCCAACUUUUGCACAAGAGCCUAGAAACCUAAGGCUUGCGCUUGCCUCGGAUGGAAUGAACCCCUUUGGUAACUUGACCACCAAUCAUAGUUCGUGGCCGGUAUUAUUAAUGAUUUACAACCUUCCUCCAUGGUUGUCCAUGAAGCGCAAAUAUAUGUUGCUCUCUAUGAUGAUAGCUGGUCCAAAACAACCUGGAAAUGAUAUUGAUGUGUACUUGGCUCCUUUGAUAGAAGACCUGACCAAACUGUGGGUUGAGGGGGUUGAAGUGUAUGAUGCAAAUGCAAAACAGUCAUUCAACUUGCGUGCAAUGCUCUUCUGUACGAUUAACGAUUUUCCCGCUUAUGGUAAUUUGAGCGGAUAUAGUGUCAAAGGACACCAUGCAUGUCCUAUUUGUGAAAAAAAUACUUGUUACAUUCAACUAACCCAUGGGAAGAAGACAAUCUAUACAAGGCACAGAAGAUUUUUAACCCGAAAUCACCCAUAUAGGCGUUUGAAAAAAGCAUUUAAUGGAGAUAGUGAGCUUGAAAUAGCGCCUAAACCAUUAUGUGGACAUGAUGUUUACCAAAGGGUCAGAGACAUAGAUACUACCUUUGGUAAGACACAGAAAAAGGACUUGUCUGUGAAGAACAUUUGGAAAAAAAAGGUCAAUAUUCUUUGA